CCCAGGGCGAUGCGGGUGCAGAGAUGGGAAGUCCGACAGCCGGGAACUGACGGGCAGAGCAGUUCGGCGGCUGAGCUUCAGUGCUCAAGUGACACGUCUUGCACACCCAGCGCUCCCGGUUACCCGAUCCCCGUGGGUGUAAUUCACUCCGGCGCUUCACUUCGGAGAGCUUCGGCAAUGCAUACGUUUCACGCCAGCCUUUUGCAGCGGGGGUCAAGCCCACCCGAAUGAGCUGCGCAGAGCCUUUAUUCUGUCCCGUGGCUCCAGACUUUGAAGGGUCCGGGGUAAACGUGGCGCCUGAGAGUGUAAAGGUCUGUUGCUAAAUGGCCUCUCGAAGCCGUAUAUGGCUUAAGCACAAUUCUUGCUUCAUUCGGGUCAAGGGGUGGAUUUCCUCUUUUGUCUCGCUGGUGGCGUGUUGGGCAGCGUGCUUCGUCGGCACAGGGCAGCCUGCCUCCCGAGCAGUUGAGACCUGAUUUAUCCUACCCAGCCAGGCAAGGCCAGCUAACCUGACCUAAUUACAGGCUACAUCAAGGUUAGUGCUGUUGCCAAAUAAAAACUAAGGUGACCCCAGCAAUGAGAGAGGUGCAACUCCAGCUGUUCGGAGAACGGCGAUCUUGUCCCGGGAAAAAUGUUACGACCCCGGAAUAUUUUUCCAUUGAAAAUCGGGGUGAAGAAAGGCAGCAUCUUUCACGAAAUGAAAUGCAAGAAGGGUUUCGCUUGGGGCUCCUCUGAAACGUGCGGUUUUGUUUCCAUUCAAAACGCUUGGUUUGGAUUUCAGCGCUACACUUUUCAUGUCAAACACCGAGGAUUGAAUGGAUUUGGAGUGGGAAGAACCGCUGGCUUCCUAACCCACUUACCCGGAGAUCCAGAGAGGCAUCCCACUGUGAGAAACAAGCCCUUUCCCAUCCACAAGAUCUCCAGACCCGGGCUUGACAGAAAGCCAGUUAUCCUUUCAUUUAGGCAAACGCUGUACAGAAAGGAUAGCAUCAUGUAUACGUUCCUACCCGAAAACUUCACCCCCAUCAAACAGAAGGCAUCCAAGGAGCUGCGGCCCAUGAUUGGGACGAUAACCGUGGGGCUCCUGUUGUUCAUCGCGGCGGUGGUGGCGUGGUGCUACUACACGGCGUCGCUCAGGAAGGCGGAGCAGCUGAAGACGGAGCUGAUGGACUUGAGGAAGGACGGCUUCAUCAUCAAGAACCAGGACGGGGAGGUGGUCUUCAGACUGGCCUUCCAGUCGGGCACCCUCGACCUGGAGUCCUGCUCCAAGGAAGGGGAGAUCUUAACCUGCACCCGGUCGGACAAGGGGAAGCUGAACUUCUUCAUCCAGACCGUCAAGCACAAGGACACGGUGAUGUGCUACCGCGUGCGCUGGGAGGAGUUCGUGGCCGACACGGUGGUGGAGCACACCAUGUUCUGGGAGGACGCGCACUGGUACGGGGGCUGCGAGAUGAGCGUGCAGCACUGGCCCAUCCGGCUCCCGGGCUACCAGGAGCCCACGCCCUUCAUGACGAGCGACGUGUACUCCUUCCGGGACAGCUUCGGGGGCAUCCUGGAGCGGUACUGGCUGUCCUCGAAGGCGGCCGCCAUCAAGAUCAACGACUCGGUGCCCUUCCACCUGGGGUUCAACGCCACCGAGCGGUCCCUUUUCUUCCAGGCCCGCUACAAGGAUUCGCCCUACAAGCCUCCCCUGGGGCAGCAGCCCUUCCCGGAGCUGAGCUACAGGGUGUGCGUCGGCUCGGACGUGACCUCCAUUCACAAGUACAUGGUGCGGAGGUAUUUCAACAAGCCGUCCAAGAUCCCGUCGGAAAACGCCUUCCGCUACCCGAUCUGGUCCACCUGGGCCCUGUACAAAAACGACAUCGACCAGGACAAGCUCCUGCGCUUUGCAGAGAAGAUUAAGAAAUACCGUUUUAAUUGCAGCCAUAUCGAAAUCGAUGACACCUACACGCAGGCUUACGGCGACUUCGACUUCAAUCCUCAGAAAUUCCCCAACGUGACGGAAAUGUUCAAGAAACUGAAAGAAGACGGGUUUAAAGUGACCCUGUGGACUCAUCCCUUCAUCAACUACAACUCCUCCAACUUUGGCGUGGGGAUAGAGAGGCAGCUGUUCAUCAAGGAGCCGACGGGGAGACUCCCCGCCAUGGUGGAGUGGUGGAACGGCAUCGGGGCCAUCCUGGACUUCACCAACCCAGCGGCCAGGGAGUGGUUUCAGAGCCACCUGCGGCAGCUGCGCUCAAAGUACGGCAUCUCCUCCUUUAAGUUCGACGCCGGAGAGACGAGCUACCUCCCGAAGCAGUUCAGCACCUUCCGGCCCUUGUCGGACCCCAGCAUCUGGUCCCGCCGGUACACCGAAAUGGCCAUCCCCUUCUACGAGCUGGCCGAGGUUCGUGUCGGCUACCAGUCCCAGAACAUAUCGUGCUUCUUCCGCAUCAUCGACCGCGACUCAGUGUGGGGCUACGAGCUCGGCCUCAAGUCCCUCAUCCCGACCGUGCUCACCAUCAGCAUGCUGGGGUAUCCUUUCAUUUCGGCGGACAUGAUCGGGGGCAACUUUUUCCCGAACAAGACAGAAGGAGCAGUUGAAAUCCCCGACCGGGAGCUGUACAUCCGCUGGCUGGAGCUGUCGGCCUUCAUGCCCUCCAUGCAGUUCUCCAUCCCGCCCUGGCUCUAUGACAAGGAGGUGAUCGAGAUUGCGCAGAGGUUCACGGAGCUGCACGAGUCCCUGGUCGCCCCUCUGCUGCUGGAGCUGGCCGGGGAGAUCACGGACACGGGGGACCCCAUCAUCCGGCCCAUCUGGUGGAUUUCCCCGAGCGACGAAUCCGCCCACAAAAUCGACUCCCAGUUCCUCAUCGGGGACACGCUCAUGGUGGCCCCAGUGCUGGAGCUGGGGAAGCAAGAGCGCGACGUGUACCUCCCCGCCGGGAAGUGGCGCAGUUACAAAGGGGAGCUGUUUGAGAAGACCCCGGUCCUGCUGACGGACUAUCCGGUCGACCUGGAUGAAGUUGCUUAUUUCCUCUGGGUGUCUUAACGGGCUCCCCCAUCGGCUUCCAACUGCGGGAUAACCAUGCCUUACCUUAGGGUUUUGAACAACUAAUAAUUCUAAUUGCACACUUUAUUUGGAGUGGGGAGGGGAGCGACGUGGAGAGGAAGUCUGGGGAUGGAGAAAUGAAUUGGACCUGCCUUGAGUAUUUUUUUAAUCAGUGGGAAAAGUUCUAAUUUGGGUUGACGGUUUCCUUAAAUAUCUCUUGAUCACUGCAGGAGGAAAGAUAACCGUGUCCAUCGACACAGGCAGGAAGCGAAGACCUCAGUUCGAUAGCGGGUCAAGAGGUGAAUGUAUCGUAUGGCUGGGUGGGGUGG